GUCAUAAUGCCUCGUGUGAACCCUGCUCCAACUAAGAAUGGUCGCGUUCAAGCAUUGCAGCGACUUGCCAUUCAGAAAGAAGGCGAGCGCGACCAAACACGAUUUGAGCGUCUUCGACGUCUCUUUUCUGUGGGAAAGUCAAAUGGACGUAACUCUCCACCGGCAGAUAUUGAUAUGGAGCAGCUAAGAAAAGAUUGCUGGAUGGGGAUCCCACACAAAUUGCGUCCUCAAGCUUGGCGCUUGCUUUCGGUGAACAUAUUUGCUGUUGCAAAUUAA